AUGGCUAUCUCUGCGGCUCGUGGGAAGCUGAUAGCUGUCAUAGGUGAUGAGGAUACAUGCACUGGAUUCUUACUUAGCGGAAUGACUGAUUGCAAGCCAGUAACUUCUAACCUCGAUCGUAAUGCAAAGGAAUUUGUACCCCUAGCAGACUUAAGAGAAAAAACUUUGUCGGAAAUAAAGGCCACAGUAGAAGCAAUUUUCGAUACACGUUCUGCUAACGCUCAAGAAAACCUCAAAAAAGUUAAGGCUGUUGCUGAGCUCUCAUCACCAACUGCAGCCCUACUAGUUGGUGAAUUCCUAGCCCAGUUAACCACGUCAAAUGUUAAUCGAGUUGGUGUAGGGUUUCGAUGCCUCAAAGAUGUACGAGCUCAUUUGCCUGUUGCGAAAGGAAAUGAAGUUGAAAGUGCAGUUUUCGAACGUGUCAAAACAAUGACUCAGGAAUUGUCAUGCGGCUCUUCCACAUCUGGUUUAGAAAUGCACGUAGGAUCCGAAAAUAUACCAGAUGAAAAAUCAUCAGUUGAACAUGUGUUCGCCUUGGUUACAUUCUUGAGGUUUCUUAUUACUAAUCUCAAUACUACCGAGGACUGUGAAGCCUAUGUAUGUGCUCCACCUAUUCAACCUUGUAUAGAUUUCUGCUCACUUGUAGAUACUGUUUGUGACCUCCAACUUCAUUCUGAAAGGAUAAGGAAUCCUGUUGAGUCGAAUGAAACCAGUAUGUCCCUCCUGGAUACUUCGUGUGCUCUGUUAUCCGAAUCCAAUUGGAACAGCUUGUUGUAUCACUUAUUUGAUGGUUUUUCUCAAGGGCUUAUUCACUUCAGUUCCGUCCUGACAAGCGUUAACGUGAGAGUUCUAGAUGGAUCAUGGCAACGUACGUGUAGUGUGGAUGAUCGUGAUAUUAAUUGCGGAAUUUCUCAAGACUAUGCACCUGCGUCAUAUCUUUCCAUGUUAAUAAAUAAAUGUUUGACAAGUAUGCGUGCACUGCUUAUAGAAGAACAGUUGCCCAUGAAGAUUCUACGAUCUACUGCUCUGGACUUGUUGAUGUACGCCUCCGAAAUGGCUGCUCUUCAGAAUGCCACCUGUUCAAAUUGGACAGAGUCAAAUCAAUUGUGCGAAGAGAUAUGUUCAGAUAUGAAUCUAUCUAACGAAUCUUUAGAAGAAUUAGACGAAGAACAGGCAGCUGACUUUCAAAGUUUCUUAAAAGAAUCCGGUCAAUUGCCUUGA